AUUCUGCUCAUAGAUUAUGGAUGUAUGAACUACACAUUGACACAUCCAGCCCAAAGCGGGAGGUUUCAAAAAUACUUAGUAGUCGCCAAAGUUCCUGAACAUGUCUUUAAGUUGUUUGCAUGACAUUCAGGUGUAUCUUUUGAUCUUUCAGGCUGGUGACCGUGUGUUUGCCACGGCCACAGAGACUGGAAGGUAUGCAGAAUACACCGUUAUGUCUGAUGACCUUGUCUCCCGGCUGCCAGACUCCUUAGACUACAAACCGGGAGCUGCCAUUGGGAUCCCUUACUUCACAGCAUACAGAGCUCUCUCCCAUAAAGCACAUGCUAAAGCAGGUGAGACAGUACUCAUCCAUGGAGCCAGCAGCAGGGUGGGGGUGUGCAGCGUGUCAGGUGGCCUUGGGUCUGAGGGUCCUGGGGACAGCAGGGACCCCAGAGGGACUGAAGCUUGCCCUGAAGAACGGAGCUCACAUAGAAUGCUCUUUCCAUGACAUAGACUGACCAGAUGAAUCCAGGUGAAAGCUAUGAUCCCUUAUUGAUGUCACUUGUUAACUCCACUUCAAUCAGUGUUGAUGAACGGGAGGAGGCAAGUUAUCGAAGGAUUUUUAAGCCUUGGGACAAUUGAGACAUGGAUUGUAUAUGUGUCCUAUUCAGAGGGUGAAUGG